AAAAAAAAAAAACUAUAAAUGAAAAAGAUCUGAUUUAUGAUAAAUAUUACAAUUAGCACAAUUUUCUAGAAUAUUGGUAGGUUCGAUUGUCGAGUUUCCCUAGCGGGUCGCUGCGACGGCGCUGUGGAAGGUUCAGGUGUCUUCAUGUCAAUCUCCUCCUCUUCCGCUUGCUCGUCUCCGAUCUCAGCUUCUCUGGAGAGGAGAUUGGAGCUCACAAGGGAGACAAGACCAAACUCAGUGUAUGUUCAGAGUUUCGGGGACACGGAGGACAAAAUUAGGAAAUUGUUUGACAAGGUGGAGCUCUCAGUUUCGGCUUAUGAUACCGCCUGGGUAACGAUGGUCCCUUCCCGGAGUUCGGAAACCACUCCCCUUUUCCCUCAGUGUCUGAACUGGUUGUUGGAUAAUCAACAUUGCGAUGGAUCAUGGGGUCAUGAUAACCACCAUCAAUCUCUUAAGAAGGAUGCACUCUCGUCUACGCUGGCUUGCAUCCUCGCUUUGAAGAAAUGGGGGACUGGUGAGAGACAAGUAAACAAGGGUCUCCAGUUCAUUGAGUUGAACUCUGCUUCAGUCACGGAUGAAACAUUAUGUACACCAGCUGGAUUUGAUAUAAUAUUUCCUGGGAUGAUCGGAUAUGCUAGAGAUUUGAAUCUGAAAAUUCCACUGGAAGCAGCAGUGGUUGAUGCCAUGAUGAGGAAAAGGGAUUCAGACCUCAGAAGUGGUAGUGAAGGAAUCUCGGAGGGAAGAGAAGCUUAUCUGGCCUAUGUUUUAGAGGGAAUGGGAAAAAUACAAAACCAGGAACUGAUUGUAAAAUAUCAAAGGAAGAACGGUUCACUGUUUAAUUCACCGGCCACAACUGCUGCAUUCCUGAGUCAACUCAAAAAUGAUGGAUGUCUCUGCUAUCUUCAUUCUCUCCUACAGAAGUUCAAGGAUGCAGUUCCCACAGUUUAUCCCUUUGAUCAAUAUGUGCUUCUUAGCAUGGUUGACACUCUCGAAAACCUGGGAAUUGAUCGGUAUUUUAAGAACGAUAUCAAAAGGGUGUUAGAUGAGACCUAUAGAUGCUGGCUACAGGGAGAUGAAGAGAUAUACUCGGACUUAGGCACUUGCGCUUUGGCAUUCCGACUGCUGCAUGGGCAUGGUUACGAUGUAUCAUAUGAUCCAUUAGAUCAAUUUGCAGAAGAAUAUGGUUUCUCCAACUCUCUUGAAGGUCACCUGCAGGAUACAGUUUCUGUUCUGCAAUUGUUUAAGGCGGCAGAACGUAGCCCAGAUGAAUCAGCUUUGAAAAAACAAAGCUUGUGGACCAGACAUUAUCUGAAGACGGAACUGUCCAACUGGUCAAUCACCCGAGAUCAAGUCACAAACCUCAAACAAGAGGUUGAGGAUGCUCUGGUAUAUCCCUUCUAUGCAAAUUUGGAACGACUAGCUCAUAGGAGAAAACUCAAAGGUUCCAGCUUAGUAAACGCCAGGGUUAUGAAGACAUCGUAUUGUCUGCGCAAUAUUUGUGACUCUGAUAUCUUGAAGUUAGCUGUGGAAGAUUUCAAUUCUUGCCAGUCCAUACACCGUAAAGAGCUGGAAGUUCUUGAUAGGUGGGUUGUGGAGAAGGGAAUGCAGAAACUGAAAUUCGCCAGACAAAAGCUGCCUUACUGUUACUUCUCUGCGGCUGCAACACUCUUUGCUCCAGAACUAUCAGAUGCCCGUUUAUCAUGGGCCAAGGGUGCUGUUCUUACAACGGUAGUGGAUGACUUCUUCGAUAUCGGAGGCUCUAAAGAGGAAAUGGAAAACCUCAUUCAUCUAAUCGAGAGGUGGGAUUUGAAUGGUGUUCCCGAGUUCUGCUCAGAACAAGUUGAAAUCAUCUUCUCGGCUCUGAAGGAAACAAUCCUCGAAACUGGAGAGAGAGCAUUCGAUUAUCAAGGACGCAAUGUUACAGAUCACAUUGUCGAUAUCUGGCUGGCUUUGAUCAAGUCUAUGUCGCAAGAAGCCGAGUGGUCUCGCAACAAGUCAGUGCCGACUUUGGAAGACUACAUGGCAAAUGCAUAUGUAUCAUUUGCAUUAGGACCCAUCGUCCUCCCGGCGCUCUACCUUAUCGGGCCGAAGCUUCACGAGAAAACCGUUAAAAGUCGGGACUUCCAUAAGCUUUACGAGCUCAUGAGCACUGUUGGCCGAAUUCUAAACGACAUACAAGGCUUUAAGAGGGAAAGCGAUGAAGGCAAGCUGAACUCGGUUUCCUUGGGUAUGAUACACGAGGGCAAAGGCCAAAGCAAAGAAGAGAUAAUUGAAUUGAUGAAGGUUUCGGCCGAGAGAAAGAGGAGAGAGCUGAUGAAGAUGGUGUUGCAGGACAAUGGAAUCGAUGUUCCAAGAGAAUGCAAGGAUGUGUUCUGGAAAAUGACUAAAGUCUUGCAUCUCUUUUACAUGAAAGACGACGGCUUCACUUCCCAUGACCUUCUCGGAGUUGUGAAAUCUCUCGUUUACGAGCCCGUUUCCUUGCAGGAAUGAUCGCUCUCGAACCUGUUUUUUCCUGUAAGAAAAACUAUGCAAAAAAGAUUUUGACUCUUGUUUCAAGAAAAGAAGAUGAUAACCUUUUUAUU